AUGCCAAUGUCGUCUCAAUCCGAAAAUGUCAGCGCCGAGGCCAGGACUACGACACCUGCGCAGGAAGAACUUGAACGAGCAUGGUCAGGCGUCACAAAGAAACCCAAUGACAGAGACUCUCCAAAUAUCUGUGAAAGGGACAGGGCACAGAUCACGAACCUUGCUAGGCGCCUGACGGAUGCCUCAAUCAAAUCAGGGGUUCAAGUAGCAGUGUCCAACCCCUUCAAGGGCUCUAACGACCCCGGACUUGACCCAUUUUCCAAGGAAUUUGAUCCCAAGAAAUGGGUGGAAACAGUCCUGUCUCUAAACUCUCAGAGUGCUGAGCGUUAUUUGCCUCGCAAGGCCGGGUUUUCUUUCCGUGAUCUUAGUGUUCACGGGUUUGGUAGCCCCAUCAGCUAUCAAAAGAACUUCCUCAACGUUUUUUUGCAAGUGACGGAUCUCGUUUCUGGUCUCAUCAAUCGUAAAGACCAAAAAAUGCAAAUUUUGCAGAACCACAAUGGACUCCUCCGAAGUGGUGAGAUGCUCCUUGUCUUGGGGCGACCAGGCAGUGGAGUGUCAACAUUUCUCAAGACCAUUGCCGGUCAAACUAAGGGACUUCACUUGGACGAGGGCUCGAAUUUCAACUACCAAGGCAUUCCUCGCGAAAGGAUCCGAGGAGAAUUUCGUGGAGAUGUUAUUUACCAGGCUGAGACUGACACGCACUUCCCACAUUUGACCGUUGGCCAAACACUUCUGUAUGCGGCCUUGGCAAAGACUCCUCGGAAUCGACUUCCCGGCGUGUCUCGUGAUGAGUAUGCCAGACACAUGCGGGAUGUUACCAUGGCUGUUUUUGGUCUCACACACACAAUGGACACGAAAGUUGGCAAUGAGUUCGUCCGCGGUGUCAGUGGUGGUGAGCGCAAGAGAGUCAGCAUCGCCGAGGUUUGCUUGGCACAAAGCCCAAUCCAGUGCUGGGAUAAUAGCACGCGAGGCUUGGACAGUGCUACAGCACUUAAAUUUGUCCAGACUCUGCGUUUGUCAGUGGAUCUCACAGGCAUAGCAACAGUCGUAGCCUUAUACCAAGCUUCCCAGCAGGCCUACGAGACUUUCGAUAAGGUUGCCGUGCUAUACCAGGGUCGACAAAUAUACUAUGGGCCUAUUGGGCUGGCCAAAGACUACUUUGUGAAUCUUGGAUACCACUGCCCAGACCGACAGACAACCCCUGACUUCCUGACUUCCCUCACAAACCCGGUUGAAAGAGUGGUGAGAUCUGGAUUUGAAGCCAAAGUGCCCCGGUCUCCGGAAGAAUUCGCCAAGGCGUGGAAAGACAGUGCACUUCACAAAGAGCUCAUGCAGGAUAUUACAGAAUUUGAAAGGCAAUACCCUAUGGGAUGCCCGGCUGUUGACAAUUUCAAAGAGUCUCGGCAAGCCGAAAAGGCUUCUUGGAUGACACCCAAUUCACCAUAUACCAUUUCAGUUCCAUUGCAAGUCCUUCUCUGCAUUCACAGGGGAAUCCGCCGAAUUCAAGGCGACAUGACUUUCUUCGUCAUCACAGUGGGUGGAAAUACAGCCGUAUCUUUGCUAUUGGGUAGUGUCUUCUACAUGCUACAGGAUACAAGUGCUAGUUUCAAUAACCGUUGCAUUGUUUUAUUUUUUGCGCUUCUGUUCAAUGCUCUGAACAGUUCUUUGGAGAUUUUGUCCCUGUAUGCCCAACGCCCAAUCGUCGAAAAGCAUGCGACUUAUGCCUUCUACCAUCCAUUGUCCGAAGCUAUAGGAUCUAUGAUCUGCGACCUUCCUUGCAAAAUUUUAUCAACAGUGGCAUUCAAUAUCCCACUAUAUUACAUGGCAAAUUUGCGGAAGGAACCAGGUCAUGUCGUUAUAUAUCUGUUAUUCGCCUUUUCCUCGACCCUGGUCAUGUCAAUGAUAUUUCGAACUAUCGGUCAAACAACUCGAACAAUCGCGGAAGCCUUGACUCCGGCGGCAUUGAUGGUAAUCGCCAUGGUUCUGUACACGGGCUUCAUUUUACCGAUCCGCAACAUGCAAGGCUGGCUUCGGUGGAUCAAUUACCUUAAUCCUCUCGCAUAUUCCUAUGAGGCGCUGAUUGCGAACGAAUUCCAUGGCCGUAACUUCGAAUGUGCCAGCUUCGUACCGGCUGGGCCCGUGUAUCAAAACACAACUAGUGCGGAGCGCACAUGUUCAGUGGUUGGUGCUUCGGCUGGGUCAUCUGUAGUCAGCGGAGACCGCUACAUUGCCAUGAGCUAUGGGUAUUAUUACUCACACGUGUGGAGGAAUCUCGGUAUCCUAAUUGCCUUCAUGAUAUUCUUCAUGAUUGUUUAUCUACUGUCAGCAGAGUAUAUCAGCUCUGACAUGGGUAAAGGGGAGGUUCUUAUCUUUCAGCGCAGUCAUCUUUCAGCCGUGAAAGAGAAGAGAAUGACGGAUGAGGAAACCGGAUCUCCAACGACCAGCGAGAAAUCCAGACUAGAUGAAGUCAACGAACCAGCAUCGAGUGGCAUCACAGCCCAAAAGAGCGUUUUUCACUGGCGAGAUAUUUGCUACGAUAUCACGAUCAAGGGUCGAACAAGAAGAAUAACCGAUCAUGUCAACGGCUGGGUCAAGCCAGGUAAACUCACGGCUCUGAUGGGUGCUUCGGGGGCAGGCAAAACCACAUUGCUAGAUGUUCUAGCUAAUCGAGUGACGAUAGGGGUUGUGACGGGUGGAGUCUUCAACAAUGGCCUUCAGCGUGAUGCCUCUUUCCAACGACGAAUUGGCUAUGUUCAGCAGCAGGACCUUCAUUUGGAAACUGCCACUAUCAGGGAGGCAUUGGAAUUUAGUGCUUUUCUGAGACAGCCUGCUCAUAUUAGUAGGGCUGAAAAGUUACAAAGUGUCGAGGAAAUUCUGGAUCUUCUUGAAAUGAGGAGUUAUGCUCAUGCUAUUAUUGGCAACCCCGGCGAAGGGUUGAAUGUUGAGCAGAGGAAACGACUGACAAUUGGCGUGGAGCUCGCAGCCAAGCCAGAUCUUUUGUUUUUCCUUGACGAACCAACAUCUGGACUAGACAGUCAAACAGCAUGGUCAAUCUUGCUUCUCUUGCGGAAGCUCACAGAUCAUGGUCAAGCCAUUCUCUGCACUAUCCACCAGCCCUCGGCUAUGCUCUUUCAACAAUUUGAUCGCCUUCUCCUUCUUGCAGCUGGCGGCCGCACAGUCUACUUUGGUGAUAUUGGGGCGAACUCGAAGACCAUGACCGAGUAUUUCGAGCGGCACGGAGCAGAUCAUUGUGAAGAAAGUGAUAAUCCAGCAGAAUGGAUGCUCCGUGUGAUUGGUGCCGCCCCGGGCAGUACGACCAAGAUUGACUGGCCGGCCACUUGGAUUGGUAGUCAGGAAUAUUCCAAUGUCAAAGAGGAGCUGGCCUCCUUAGAGCAGAAUCCAAGUUCGGAGAGUACUUCACGUGCCGAUUCUUCCCUCCAAUUUGCCAGCCCAUUCCAUGUUCAACUUUGGGUUUGUACAAAACGGAUAUUUGAGCAGUAUUGGAGAACCCCUUCGUACCUUUUUUCGAAAUUGAUCAUGUGUUUUGUCACUGCUUUAUUCAUUGGAUUUUCCUUUCUACAGACAAAAAUCACCGUGCUCGGACUACAGCACCAAAUGUUCGCUAUUUUCAUGCUUCUCGUCAUAUUUCCGUUCCUAGCAUACCAGCAGAUGCCGAACUAUAUCCUACAGCGCGACCUUUAUGAAGUCCGAGAGCGUCCAUCAAAGACCUACUCUUGGGUGACUUUCAUACUGGCCCAGAUCAUUGUGGAGAUACCGUGGAACUCCCUGGCUGCACUGAUCACGUUUAUCCCCUUCUAUUACCUGAUAGGCAUGAAUCACAAUGCCGCGGCCACUCAGCAAACUACAGAAAGAGGCGGAUUGAUGUUCCUGCUGAUCUGGGGCUUCCUGAUGCACUGCGGUACAUUUACGACAAUGGUAGUCGCAAGUGCCGCCACAGCGGAGAUCGGGGCAAUUCUGGCACUGCUCCUGUUUGUGUUUUCUCUGAUAUUUUGCGGAGUUAUGGCAACCCCAGCGAGUCUACCUGGUUUCUGGAUCUUCAUGUACCGCACGUCUCCCCUUACCUACAUCAUCAGCGCGAUGAUGUCCACUGGACUCGCCAAUAUCAAUGUGCAAUGCUCGGACAUAGAAACCAUUUUGGUUCAGCCACCCAGAGGGGAGACCUGUGGGAGCUAUCUCGCGGCAUACUCGCAGAUGGUUGGAGGUGCGGUAUAUAAUCCUGAUGCCACUUCCAACUGUCAAUUUUGCGCGAUCACCAGGUCGAAUGUGUUUUUGCAAUCGGUUGCGUCUUCCUAUGACGAGCGCUGGAGAAACUUUGGCCUGAUUUGGGCGUAUGUGGCUUUCAAUGUCUUUGCUACAUUGAUUCUAUACUGGUAUGUGCGGGUCUGUGGUAGCCCUGGAUUGUCGCAUGUUGGAUUUUGGACUCAGAAGAUUUCGAAGUACCUUGCGCUGAAGAAAGCGCAAUGA